AUGGGAAGCGGCGCCUCAACCCAACAUCAUUUUGCUUUCCAGAAUGCAGAGAAAGCCUUCAAGGCAGCGGCCCUGAUCCAGAGAUGGUACCGGCGCUACAUGGCCCGCCUGGAGAUGAGGCGGCACUGCACCUGGAGCAUCUUCCAGUCUAUAGAGUAUGCUGGGCAGCAAGACCAGGUCAAGCUCCACAAUUUCUUCAGCUACCUUGUGGAUCACUUCACCCCCAGCAGUCACAACGAGAGGGACUUCCUGAACCGCAUGUUCACUGAAGAGAGAUCCCCCCAGGACUCCGAGAUGGAGAAUUGCAGGGACUAUGAAUCCAUCGAGGUACCGGACAGUUACACGGGGCCACGCCUCUCCUUCCCGCUCCUUCCCGACCAUGCAACUGCUCUGGUGGAAGCUUUCAGAGUGAAGCAGAGGCUCCAUGCUCGCUAUGUCUUGAAUCUUUUGUAUGAAGCCAGGAAACAUCUGGUACAACUGCCAAACAUCAACCGGGUCUCCACUUGUUACAGCGAGGAAAUCACAGUAUGUGGAGAUUUACACGGCCAGUUGGAUGACUUAAUAUUUAUAUUUUAUAAGAACGGCCUCCCGUCACCAGAGCGGGCCUAUGUGUUCAACGGCGACUUUGUGGAUCGAGGGAAGGAUUCAGUAGAGAUCCUGAUGGUUCUUUUUGCCUUCAUGUUGGUUUACCCAAAAGAGUUCCAUCUCAACCGAGGAAACCAUGAGGACCAUAUGGUGAACUUACGAUAUGGUUUCACAAAGGAAGUGAUGCAUAAAUAUAAGACACAUGGCAAGAAAAUACUAAAACUACUGCAAGAUGUGUUCUGUUGGCUUCCGCUGGCCACUCUGGUUGAUGAGAAAGUCCUGAUUCUUCAUGGUGGAGUGUCAGACAUGACUGACUUGGAGUUCUUGGCUAAACUAGACAGGCACAAGAUUGUUUCCACCAUGAGGUGCAAAACAAGAAAGGAGCAUAAGAAACAGGCGGAGGAGAAGGGAAAAGCCAACCAGACGAGCUCUGCCGGGAGACCCUCCCCGUGGUUUCUCCCCCAAAGCCACUCUCUCCCCACCUCGCCCCUCCUCCCCAGCACCCAGAAGGCCCACAGAGCCGGGCGCUCCUCCAGCGUCCCCUGCAGUGUCCCCCUGGACCCCAAGGAGCUCUCCCAUUUGGUGCAGCACUCCAUUGACCUGGAGCUGGAGAGGUGUCGGCAGCAAGCGGGCUUCCCAGGGAUCAAGGAGAAGGAGGAACCCUUUCCCUUGGCAUCCGAAGCAGACUGGGAAGCUGAGGGGCAGCGGGAGCCCACUCAGGAGGAGUGGAGGCAGGUGGUGGAUAUACUGUGGAGUGACCCCAUGGCUCAGGAGGGCUGCAAGGCCAACACCAUUCGAGGAGGUGGCUGUUAUUUUGGGCCUAACGUGACAGAACGGUUGCUACAGAAAUACAAUCUGCAAUUCCUGAUCCGCUCGCACGAGUGCAAACCCGAGGGCUAUGAGUUCUGCCACAGCCGCAAGGUGUUAACCAUCUUUUCUGCCUCCAACUACUACGAAGUUGGCAGUAACAGAGGAGCCUAUGUCAAACUAGGGCCAGCCUUGACCCCGCACAUUGUGCAGUUUCAAGCUAACAAGGCAACCCACACGCUUACCAUGAGGCAAAGGAUUAGCAGAGUUGGGGAGUCGGCUCUGAGAGCCCUACGUGAAAAGUUAUUUGCCCAUUCCUCAGAUCUUCUUGUUGAAUUUAAGAAGCAUGAUAAAGAUAAAACUGGUCUAAUCACCCUGAGUGACUGGGCAGCAGCCGUGGAGUCUGUGUUGCAUCUAGGACUGCCAUGGCGGAUGCUGAGGCCACAGCUGGUGAGCAGCUUGACAGAUAACAAGCUGGAGUACAAGUCCUGGCUGAAAAACUUGGCCAAAGAACAAUUCAGCCAUGAGAAUAUACAAUCAAGUUUGCUGGAAGCACUGUAUCGAAACCGAUCCAACCUGGAGACCAUUUUUAGGAUCAUAGACAGUGAUCAUUCAGGGUUCAUUUCACUGGACGAGUUCAGGCAGACUUGGAAGCUGUUCAGCUCUCAUAUGAACAUUGAUGUCACAGACGACUGCAUCUGUGACCUUGCCCGGAGCAUUGACUUCAACAAGGAUGGCCACAUUGACAUCAAUGAGUUCCUGGAGGCCUUCCGCCUUGUGGAGCAAUCCGGCUCAAAGGAUUAUGCAUCAGAUUGCUGA